GUACGUUGUGCAAUAUCUCAUACCAUUCAAGAUGUUAAUAUCAGUUAUAAAAUAUCUUAUAUCGUUAAAUGAAUAAGAUGUCUAAAAUCUAAGAUAAAAUUAGUUUUAAUAAGCAAAAAAAAUAUCAAUAAGUUGCAAUUGUGUAAAAUUCGCUCUGUUAUUUAGUAUAUUAUAAUUUGUAAUUAUUUGCUAUAUUGAAGAAGGAAGAAGUUACAUAACCAAAAAGAUGCCCGAACCUAACAGUGCAGUUGAAAAUGUACCUGAAGAAGAGAUUAAAGACGAAUGGCUGAUCAGACCAUGUGUAGUAUAUAAAGAGGAAUAUGCUGAUUGUACAAGUAUAAAAGCACGGUUCCAUCAGUAUUUUAUACAUGGAGAAAUACUAGAUUGUAAACAAUGGAAAAUUGAUUAUGAAAACUGCAAUUUAUGGACUGAACAUAAAAAUAAAAAAGCCUGCUAUGAAUUAAUAAAUAGUGAAAAAACACGCAGAGUGAACAGAUUAAAAGAUCAUUAUAAAAACGAUAUUUGGGAAAGGAGAGAUAAACCUCCAGAAAAUUGGAAUGCACCAUUACCUAAAUGGUUAGAAGAAAGAAAUAGUAACUCAUAUUUAAAAAUUGUAAAUGAGAAAUUAAAGGAAACAAAAAAUGAAAUAGCAAAUAGGAAUUUUUGUACCAUAAUGUAAGAACAAUUUAAUUUAUUUAACAUUGUAGAUAUUUGACCAAGAAAUAAAGAUUUUGAAAUUAAA